AUCGGGCUGAAGGGAGGGAGUAAGAAUUCUGAAAUCAGAAAUAUUGAAGCUAAAUUGUUCUUUUAUUUCACAGUUGUCUUAUACAAGCAUUAAAUAACAAUGUCAGACAAAAAUAUAUCGGCAAUUCUAUAUAGUAAGGGUGACUUACGAUUGGAGGAAAGAGAUAUUCCUACACCAGGUAAAGGAGAGGUACAGGUAUCGAUACACUCUGUGGGUAUAUGUGGUUCUGAUGUACACUACUGGACACAUGGUGCUAUUGGUGACUUUAUUGUGAAAGCACCUAUGGUAUUAGGUCAUGAGUCUAGCGGAAUUGUCACUGCUCUUGGUGAGGGAGUCAAACACCUAAAAGUUGGUGACAGAGUUGCACUAGAGCCUGGCGUACCAUGUAGGGCCUGUGACUACUGUAAAACAGGCCGCUACAAUCUUUGUCCUGAUGUUGAAUUUCAUGCAACUCCACCUUACCACGGCACAUUAGCCAGGCUCAUUACACAUGCUGCUGAUUUUUGCUUCAAGCUACCCGAUCAUGUUAGUUUUGAAGAGGGUGCCUUAUUAGAGCCCCUAUCUGUAGGCAUCCAUGCAUGUAAGAGGGCUGGUGUCACAGUAGGGGAUAAUGUGCUGAUAUGUGGGGCAGGACCAAUUGGGCUUGUUAACCUUCUCACUGCAAAGGCCAUGGGAGCUGCAACAGUCUGUGUAACUGAUAUUGAUGAGGGUAGAUUGAAGGUAGCGAAGACACUUGGUGCAAACCACACAGUUCUUGUUACAUCAAGGGAUGCCAAGGCACUUGCUUCCCAGGUAAAAGAAUGUAUGGAUGGUAAGAUUGACAUUACUAUUGAAUGCAGUGGUGCUGAAUCCAGUAUACAACUUGGCAUCUUUGCUACAAAAUCUGGAGGAGUGCUUGUAUUGGUGGGUCUAGGCCCAGCUGAGGUGAAACUACCAAUAGUUGAUGCUGCAGUUAGGGAGGUGGAUAUAAGAGGCAUCUUUAGAUACUGCAACACAUAUCCCACUGCUCUGGCUAUGGUAGCAUCUGGAGCAGUUAAUGUCAAACCAUUGGUGACACAUCACUUUGCCCUGGAGAAGACCCUUGAUGCCUUUGAGACAGCCAGGACUGGAGCUGGAGGUGCAAUCAAAGUUGUCAUUGACUGCUUUAGAAAAUAAAGCAGCACACCAAAGCAAAUGAACUUAUGUGAUCUUUCAUUGUGUUUCUGGUCCUGUAAUCUAUAUAUUUUGCGAUUUGAUUUGAGAGGGAAUUGGUAAUCCAGAGAAACACCAAUAGGAAAACAUUUAGUGAUAUUCAAAAAUUAAAAUCGGAAUAUCAUUAUAGAUUAAAUUAUUGAUUCAUAAUACAGGCCAUAUACAGGAAAACGGGUAUAGUAGUGCAAUCAAAGAUUUUAUUUUUGUGUUAACAUGGACUUUUGUAAAUCCAUGGUGAGAUUUACAUUAA